AGUAAGCAAGUCAUUCUCCGUGCAAAGCUGCACAUUUUUAAUGCGACAGCUGCACUCGCGCCCUUCCUCUGCUUCACAAUGUGGCUGUGGUAUUUGUUUCUGUGGCUUGAUGUAAAGGGAUUGCUGCUUCUUAGUUUUACUGUUCUCUUCCUAGUGUAUUCUCUGAACAAAAAGGAUCCACCUAACUUUCCACCAGGACCACCGGCUCUCCCUCUUUUAGGAAACGUCUUCAGCAUUGAAUCUAAACAGCCUCACAUUUACCUGACCAAGCUAGCUGAUGUUUAUGGGAAUGUGUUCUGCAUACGCCUGGGGAGACACAAAACAGUGUUUGUGUCUGGAUGGAAGAUGGUGAAGGAAGCCAUAGUGACACAGGCUGACAACUUUGUGGACCGGCCUUAUAGCCCGAUGGUGACCAGGAUUUAUUCAGGGAACUCAGCGGGUCUUUUCUUCAGUAAUGGGAACGUGUGGCGGAGACAGCGGCGUUUUGCCAUGGCCACGUUACGUACUUUUGGCCUGGCCAAGAGCUCCAUGGAGCAGAGCAUCUGUGAAGAGAGUCGUCAUCUGCAAGAGUCGAUGGUGAAGGAGAAAGGUGAGCCGUUUGACCCUGUGCCCCUUUUAAACAAUGCUGUGGCCAACAUCAUCUGCCAGAUAGUGUUUGGGAAACGGUUUGACUACAGUGACCACAAUUUCCAGAGCAUGCUGAAGAAUCUGACUGAGAUGGCCUAUCUGGAAGGCUCCAUAUGGGCUCUACUGUAUGAUGCCUUCCCAGCACUGAUGAAACACCUACCGGGGCCUCACAAUGGCAUCUUCAGCAACUCCAAAUGUUUGGAGGCAUCUAUCAGGGGAGAGAUAGAGAGGCACAAGUUGGAUCUGGAUCCAAGCAACCCACGAGAUUACAUCGACACCUUCCUGAUAGAGAAAAAUAAUAAAAACAGUGAACUGGGCUUUGAUGAUCGCAACCUGGUUUUGUGUUGUCUGGAUCUGUUCCUGGCUGGUAGUGAAACCACUUCAAAGACCCUGCAGUGGGGCCUCAUCUACCUCAUCAACAACCCUCAUAUCCAGGACAAAGUCCAGGCAGAGAUAGACAGAGUGAUCGGACAGACCCGCCAGCCCACUAUGGCCGACAGACCCAACCUGCCCUACACUGACGCUGUCAUCCACGAGAUCCAGAGGAUGGGAAACAUUGUUCCUCUUAAUGGACUCAGAAUGGCCGCCAAGGACACGACACUGGGUGGUUACUUUAUACCAAAGGGAACCACAGUGAUGCCCAACCUGACAUCUGUGCUGUUUGACAAGAAUGAGUGGGAAACUCCUGACACCUUUCACCCUGAACACUUCCUGGAUGCUGAAGGAAAGUUCAUGAGGAGGGAUGCAUUUUUACCUUUCUCUGCAGGAAAGCGCGCAUGUCUGGGUGAAGGCCUGGCGAGAAUGGAGCUGUUCCUGUUUUUCGUCAGUUUGUUUCAGAAAUUUUAUUUUUCCACUCUGGAAGGAGUCGAGCUGAGUACAGAAGGAAUCACUGGAGCCACACGCACACCAUAUCCCUUUAAGAUCUAUGCCAAAGCCCGCUGAACCCUGCAACAUACCAUAGACUAUAUGUUUGUUAUACAUAGUUUUCAUUUCAGUAUCCCUAUACCAUUCAAGUUUUUAAGCAGUUAGACAGCAAUAUAUCCCGUCAAUAACAUGAGAAAUACUGGACUAUGGUGGCACGAGGAGGUAAUGAAGAACUAUAGCAUGCGCUUUGUUUUGCCACAAUACAUAAUCGCAUACUGUGUGAUGAAUUAUUGUUUUGACACUGUUACACGACCGCUAGGCAGCACCAAAACUCUUUCACCUGUUAAUGAAAAAUUCAACAAAUAUCUCAAUCAUGUCUUAUUUUCCCACUUGUCGCUUUCCAGUUAGACUAUUGCCCACUAUAAAAAAAAAAAAAAAAAAUGUCAUUACAGAAAGGCCAGAUCUUGUAUCCUUUUUGUCUCGUUAAUUAUCUACAGUACGUAUGGCUGGAUUUGUUCUGAUGGAGUUGACUUGUAAAUUGCUGCUUUGUCACAUGUGAAGGCACUGAUGACCUAGAAACACCUGUGUGUCAAAUGAUUUGUGAACCGUGUUGAAAUGAAACACAUUGAUUGGUGCAGGCCUCCCAAACUGAGAUUGAUAGUACUGAAUGUAAAACGCAGUUUUAGAAAAAGUUUAUUUAUUCACAAGAAAACCAAAAGGAUUUACGUUUUUAACUCCUUAAGUUCCUGAAUAUUCACAAUGCCUUUGUCAGUUUUCUUUACGUACACACAAACAUAACACUAUACAUGUAGUUCCUGCGCUGUGCUACGCUUGAUCACUUAUUUUUAUGUAAAUGCUUUUAAGUCAGCCGUCGACAAGAAUCAUCCGUAGCAAUGGAAAAUAAAAGCGCCUUAACAUAAACAUCUAUCGAUCACACAUGGCAAAACCAUUAUAACAGAAUGCUUCUUUAGUGUGAUUGCAAACAUAUAGUGUGACAAGCCAAUCAAAAGCCAUUUCAUGUUGUGAAACUAGUGUAGUUUAACUUAAGACUCCCUAAAAGGUUGGUAAGACAAUAACCCACAAUGUCAAAGAAAACAGCUGCUUCUCUGCUGCGCUCUGAACUUCCACCGACACUAAAAUAUCCUGAAAACAUGUCCAUGAUUAAAUAGAAUAUCAACUACAGUGAUUAAAAAUCUCAAGUUACAAUUUGCAGGUACUGUAUGAAAACUUAACCUGGUUCUGACAUUUAGGAUCAGAAGCUGGUGGUAAAAUCAUGUUUACAUUACAGUUGUGCAACUUCAAUUAUAGACCGAUUACUCACUACUAAAUAAGAUGCAAGAUAUUCAGUAAAUAGACAAGCCUCCAGUUUUCAUUUAAGGAGCAGUAAGGAAAUCAAAUCACACUUUAGGAGUAUAGAAAAUACAUGAUAAAUAGUAGAGCUAGUAUUCCUGAAUUUCUUGUGUAGGAAUCGUUGUUGCAGCACCUCAGAUGUUUUUAUUUAUGAUGAUUUAUAGGAUUUUUCACAGCUUUCCAUGAUGGGCUUGUUCCAUUUUAGCAAAAAAAAUAAAAUGUAAGUGAUGUUUGAUGCACAAAAGCAGUUGGUGGCCAGCACCAAAUAUAGCAAUAAUUUCCUCAAAACACAUCGUAAGCACGCUUGUCUGACAACAUUAGUAUCCCCUUAACUGCAUAGUAUGAUGGUACACACAUUCUGAAUAAAACAGCUAAGCAUUCAUUUAUGUUUCUCAUUCCUGAUCGAGUACGCAGCAUGACAGGCUAAAUUGAUUAUAGUAAGUAUUCAGCUGAGUCUGCAGUUGGCAAUGCAAACCCACAGGGCAAAUAUGCUCCAAGUCUGGUUGUGAGUGUGUGCGCGUUUUAGCUAGUGAGGUGAACAUAGGUUGUGAGUUCAUGUUCUAUGGAAGGUCAGCCUGCAGCCAGUGUAUUGUGGGACAGUAUGCUAUGAACUCCGGCUGGUAACCUAUAGGGUUGUGACUGAUAAGUGCUCAUUGAUCCCAAUCAGCUCAUCUGGGGCCCCCUACCCAAGCGCUGAGAGCAGAUGUGUUUAAGGUCACUUGAGUGCUCACUGGUAGGAGGGAGCGAGGGAGGGUAUUUUUCUCUUAACAGAAUAAAAGUGAGACAUUUGGCUCUAUGACGAGGUCUAUUUGGGGUUAGUGGCAGGCACGCUGAUGGAGAGCGCACGACGUGGGGCGUUUGAGACUUGCCGCUGCUGGGACAAG